GAUCUGGGUGUGCUUAUGAGGGAGAUAUCUCUCAUUAAGAUAAAUGGUUUAUUUAUUCCCUGGCUUGUUUUGAUGGAUUUAUGGGACUGCUUUCUGUGGUCUCUAAUAUUGUAUAUAAAACUUUGGGGUACUAUUAUCAGUGAAUAUCCCCAGAUAUCUGUUAUUCUUGCUCCUAUACAAUAAUCAAGUGCUCAUGCAUUGCAAUUACGAUGAGAU